CAACGCUGUUGUUUUUGCACAUCCACUAAAUGGGCGCGAUUUUUCCAUUCCUGCUUGUUUUGUUGUUUAAUUAAAUUGCUUUAACUUGCUGUAAAUAUGUUUCCGCAAAAAUUAUCAAAAGUAUACCGUACGCCUAGUGACCAUCAGCCACCGGCAGCCAAAAACCUGGCCGGCAACCUGGAGUAUCCAAAUCUUAAUGCUGCCGAUGUACGUGCACACCCGGCCAAUAUUUCGCCCCAGCUGUACGAAUGUUGGGACAGCAUUGCCAUUAGUGAGGAGAAGGAGUAUGUGCUCGCCACCAACCGUCGCCAUGGAUGCGAUUGGCGGGGUAUGUUUUUUGGCUACUCGGAGAGUAACGUCGGUCACAUGACCGUCGACAAUGCGGACUUCAAGCUGCAAUCGGAUCACACCGUCAACAUUGUACGCUAUGCGGACAACAAUGUGCUGCUGGUGGCUCUGGGAGACACACAACUGCAGGCAUGGUCCACACGCUCGACCGUCUAUAAUUCGAAGGAGCCUUUCUUUCUUUUCGAACUGGACAAAGCCGUUGCCCACAAUUCGCCGAUUAGCCACAUGAGCGUGUUCAAAGCGGAUCCACAAAAGUGUGUGUCCGCGUGUGCCAGUGGGGACAUGAAAAUGUGGUCUAUUAUCGAUCUGAAAAGCUUCUAUCACGCUCGCGUCUCACAUUCAGACAAAUUUUCGGGCCUGGCCACGCCCGCUAUCACUGCCAGCCAGUUCGUUACUUGCGAUCGCAGUGGAUGCUCCCGCCUAUGGGAUGCCCGUGCAGGAUCGCCCUCUUCGACGAUCCUCUUCAACGACGCUGCACGUGCGCUGAGCUUCACUUGCGCCGCCUGGGCCGCUCCCUCAGAGCUCCAGGGCGAAAAUCACGUAUAUCUGGGGGACUUUGAUGGAAAUGUCCAUAUCGCGGACAUUCGUGUGCCAUGCAAGCUGCAGGAGACGAUUCAAUGCUUUGAGAGCGGCGUUGUGUCACAGCUCGAGAUCAAUGGAGCUCAUCUGGCGGUCAUGAGCAAUAUGCCCGCUUCCGUGAAGAUCGCCAGAGUAAACGGAGACGGGAAACCCGAAUUUAUCUACACCAAGGAAAACAUCCACAAGCGCCAAACGGACGCCAUAUGGACCGAUUCACGCACACUCCUCACCGUUGGACACGGCCGCAAAAUGGCCAUUCAUCAACUGGAACUCGCCAACUCUGCUGUCGAUUGCGGCGACUAAACCUGUAUUGCAUUAUCCCUACAUUUUUGACGACUAUUUUUAAGAAUGAUCCGUAAAAGCGGACAGGAAUCACUCAGCUUUAUUUCUUCAUUAUUUUCGAUGAAAACGGAACUUAUGUUUUAAUCGUUUCUUAUAAGAGUACAGACAUAUGUAUAUUAAUCAUUUUGUUCAGUCGCAGUGAAUGCUCCCUCAGAGUUCCAGCGAAAGAAUCACUCAGUUAUCAUUUAGCAACGAACACAGCUAUGCUCUACAAUAUACCUGUGAUCUGAUCCCUCAGAGCUCCAGUGCAAAAACUAUUUAGUUGUAUCUAUUGUGCCUUAUUGUAAAGAGUCAAACAGGGCUAUGCUCUAAAAUAAAGUCUGAUAAACUGGCUGUUUACAUCAGGUUCAAUAAAACUAA